AUGAACUUGUUCUCCAUCGCCCUCCUCGGGCUCCUAUGUGCCAACCAGGCGCUGGGCGCCGCCGUGUUCGCCCACUUCAUCGUCGGCAACGCAUGGAACUACACCCUUGCCGACUGGGAAGAUGAUAUGACAUUGGCCCAGGAGGCCCAUAUCGACGCAUUCGCCUUGAACAUGGGGUACGGCGACUCUUCCACAGCAACCCAAGCUGCUCUCGCCUUCGAAGCAGCCAACAAAGUCGGCUUCAAGCUUUUCUUUUCCUUCGACUACGAAGGAGGCACCGGUGCCUGGCCGGAAUCCGACAUUCUCACUUACCUCCAGAAAUACGCUUCCAACUCCGCCCACUACAAGUAUAACGGAAAGGCGUUCGUCUCCACCUUUGAAGGUACUGCCUACGCGACGGAUUGGAAAUCUAUCAAGUCCGAGGUAGACUGCUUCUUCGUCCCGGACUGGUCUUCUCUUGGUGCAGAGGGCGCAUAUGAGGCUGGUGGGGGAGGUAUUGUCGAUGGUCUCUUCAGCUGGGGUGCCUGGCCAUCUGGUCCGAACAACAUGAGCAAUGCAACCGAUCUCACUUACCUCGAACUCGACAUUCCCUACAUGAUGCCUGCCUCCCCGUGGUUCUACACCAAUCUCGCUUCAUACAGCAAGAACUGGCUCUGGCGCGGCGACAGCCUGUGGCACGAUCGCUGGGAGCAGAUCUGGGAUCUGCAGCCGGAGUGGGUGGAGAUCCUCACCUGGAACGACUACGGCGAGAGCCACUACAUUGGACCUAUCCGCGAAGAUGCGAUUAGUCUUAUGACCACUGGUGGUGCACCACUCAACUACAUCGAGAACAUGCCUCAUGAUGGAUGGAGAGAUCUCCUCCCCUUCGCUAUUGACACUUACGUGAAUGGAAACGCUACUCUCGGCGAUGAAGGCAUCGUCACCUGGUACCGACCGAACCCUUCUGAGGCCUGCGGCACCGGAGGUACGACGGGUAAUACCGCGAGCGAGGGACAGACGCUGUACCCACCUGCUGAAGUAGCUGAGAACAAGAUCUUCUACUCUGCGAUGCUUCAUUCGCAUGCCAAUGUCACUGUCACCGUCGGUGGAAAGUCGUUGGGCGCUACUUGGGCCCGACACGGCCGGAACAGCGGCGCGGGACUCUAUCAUGGCGCCGUGGAGUAUGGCAGUGCGACUGGUAAGGUGGUGGUUAGCAUCACUCGGGAUGGAGAGACGCUGGCCAGUGUGGCUGGCGAGUCGAUUAACGCGACGUGUGUGAGUGAUCUGUCCAACUGGAAUGCUUGGGUGGGAUCUAGCGUUACAAAGAAGACGAAUUCCCGUCGUGACACUACACCACCGGUGAAGAGUAGGCAUGCGCACCGUCAUGUUGGUAGAGGACAUACCCAUUCCCAUUGA